AUGGAUGAUAAUAAUUUUGGUACCUCUUUGAAUAAUGGUAAUAAUCAAUUGCUAGCAACAUCAAUAGAAGAUUCAUCUGAAUUUCUUUCAACUAUUGAUGAUGAAGAAAUUAGUCAAGUUCAAACGGCUUUUUCUAUUAUGAUUGAUCAAACAUGUUCAAAUGAUCUAAAUUCUAAUGGAAAUAUAUUUGAGCAUACAUAUAUUACACAAGAUAGUUUUGCUUUUCUCUUUCGUUCUAUUAUACCCACACAAGAAAUAAUUCAACAAGAUUUUGAACCUGAAUUACAACAAAAUUUAUUUAAAUAUCAAGACCAAGAAGGUAUAAAAUAUGCUUUUAAAGUUUUUGAUCGUCGUACAAAUCGUUUAAUAUUUGAGCAAAUGCCAACUUAUCACAAAUAUGGUAUGCGAUUACUAUUUAGUGGUCCUGUUCAACGUGAAUUAUUACAUACAAGUGCAAUAAGAAAUUUUUUUGCUCGUGAAACAUUACGUUUAGGUAAAGAAUUUGAUGAACCAAAAUCACGUAAACAUAUACCAGCUUUUAUUAAAAUGUAUGAAAUUGAUUUAAAUGAACUACUUGAACCAAAUUUAUCAAAAUAUUUUACAUUCAAUGAAUUUUUUUAUCGAAAAUUAAAGACUAAUGCAAGACCUAUUGAUAAUCGAAAUGAUUCAAAUAUAAUUGUAUCAGCUGCUGAUUGUCGUUUAAUUUUGUUUGAUAAUAUAUCAGAAGCAACACGUAUAUGGAUAAAAGGCAAUCAAUUUUCUCUUCGAUAUUUAUUUGAUGAUGAAAUAUUAGCACAAGAAUUUCAUGGCGGUUCAAUAGCAGUAUUUCGUUUAACACCAGCUGAUUAUCAUCGUUUUCAUUCACCAAUCAAAGGAAUUAUCGGAGAAGAUAUAAAGACUAUAAUGGGUACUUAUUAUACAGUUAAUCCAAUUGCAAUCAGAGAAAGAAUAGAUGUCUUAACAAGAAAUCAACGAACAAUGAUUACUAUUGAAAGCAAUUAUUUUGAAAAAGUUGCUUUUGUAGCCAUUGGAGCAUUACUUGUUGGUUCAAUUAAUUUGACUGUUAAACCACAUCAAUCAAUUGAAAAAGGCGAUGAACUUGGUUAUUUUGCUUAUGGUGGCAGUACAAUUGUUAUUGUCUUUAAAGCUGGUAUGGUAAAAUGGGAUGAUGAUUUACGACAUAAUUCAAAGAAUUCUAUGGAAACACUUGUUCGAAUGGGUGAACAUAUUGGUCAACGAGCAAGUGAAGAAGAAAGUAAAAAAUAUUUACUAAAUGCUUCACAAGAUAACAAGAAAAAUACAACAAUAUCACAACUUUUAUGUUAUUUUCCUACUUUGGAUAGUUUACAUAACAUUAAAAUAUAA